AUGAAAUUGGGUGUUAUUGGUGCUGAAACGGUAACUGAACUGGGGGGCAGUCAAUCUGUCUUACGCGAAUCAGAUAUCGAGUUGUUUGAAGAUAAUCCCGAGGAGUAUGUGUGGCGUGAUAUCGAAGGUUCAGACGUUGCGACCAGACGCCGCGCCGCCUGCGACCUGCUGCGGGCCCUCGCAACACAUUACGACGAUAAAAUGAUGGCCAUCUUCGGACAGUACGUAGAGGCACAAGAGUGA